AUGGUGUGCGGGUUUUUCGUGAAUACGCUGGAAGUGAUAAGGACGCGACAAGACACAGACUUUGGACCAGAUACAAACUGUGUGGGAGAUCCCCUUCCAGUGGGGAAGGGGGAUAGAGCGAAAGACCACCAGGACAAGUCAACUCCUAAAGAAAAUGAGUUACUGGGGCCUAGUGAGCGGGCCAUCACCAGCAUUGGUGUGGCCCAUCUUCCACAGCAUCAGGUUUGCUGCUGGAUAUCAAAGCCAGGCCUGGGCCUGCUGCUCUUGCGUGAUGAGCGGAAGGUGACGCCGCACCGUACCUCGGGAGAGACUCCUGCUCGCCCUUCCCUUGUUCUGAAACACGGUGUCAUUCCAGAGGGCCUUGCGCACAACACUGCCGGGCAGGAACAACGGGAACUGCAGUCUCUGUGGUUUGCUUCGAAAGGAGUGAGCCAUGAAACAUCCGUCCUUCCCAACGUCUCUGGCGCUGUGUUUGAUGGGGAUGCUUACGGGAAACGGCCAGAUGUGCGGGACCACAGCUGCCAGAAUUCUCAGGCUAUGUUGGAAUUGCAGUCAGCCAGAUCAGGAAGGUGCCAGGCCUUCCCCUUUCCCCUCAAAGUAAGAAGAGACCUCUUCCCAGUCAAGGAGGCACCACUCAACAUGGCCUUGACGUCUUUUGAUGACCAGUACAAAGGCUGUGUGGAGUCGAUGGAAGCAAAGCUGCCGGAGCUGAACCACACCGAGUUUGCCAGCAACAGAGUCUAUGCUGAGGCCUGGGGAGAGGCGGCCUCCAAGUGGAAUGAGAGAAAGACCUCCACCUUGAGGUCUCCCGGUCUGAAACCAGAGCACGCCAUUGCCCUCAUGGCCUACACGGUCCAAGGCCGCUUCCACAGGGACUUCAACGCAGCUGUGAGGGAAGCUGGGCGCACCAGGGAGAACUAUCUCAACCACUUCAACUUCAAGACCUUCCACUUUCUCCUGACGCGAGCCCUUCACAUCCUGGGGACCACCGCUCAGCCUCGAUGCCACAAGGUGUAUCGUGGGGUCAGAAAUGUCCGCUUCGUUUCUGAGCGCUCCAGGCCUGUCCGCUUUGGACAAUUCACCUCUUCGUCGUGCAGCAAUGAGAGCGCUCUGCGGUUUGGCACAGACACCUUCUUCACCAUUGAGACUUGCUAUGGGGUCAACAUCAAGAAUUACUCCUUCUUCCCAGGCGAGGAAGAAGUCCUCAUCCCACCCUUCGAGAAAUUCAAGGUGGCCAAUUUCACAAAGGGGCAAGAGUCCAACUUUAUCCAUCUUCUCUCGCUUGAAGACGCCAGCAUCUACAACUGUGUGUUUGUGAAAGAAAAGAAAUGCAAGGCAUCCUUUUGCAAUUCCAACUCAGGGAGUGGGAUAAUAAUUAUUUUGUUUCUAUCACACCUUUGCUCUCUCUUUCCCCACUGCCGUUUAAUCUUGGCCCAUGCAGCUCUGAGAUCGGAGCUACUGGUCCAAAGCCCUCUUGGGCGAUGGGCUCGUUCUGGUUGUUGCUCCUCUUUAACUUGCUCCUUUCCCCCAAAACGAGCCUGCCUCAUCCCACCGUCGGCAAAGGUCUGA